UGGCGCGCUUUCAUGUCACGUGAUUCGGAGGCAUAUCGCACCCGACUGUGCAAAACAUACAUAUUGAAUGUAUUCUAAUACAUGAAAAUUAAGUUUGAUUGAUGAAUUCAAAGAUCUAUAAAACUAGCAAUUUUGAAAAAAAUAAUAAUGUAAUAUACAAACUAAAAGGAAAAGGAAAAUUUCCUUCUAAUUACCUCGGGUUUGUCAUUCGUUGUUGAUAUUUGUUUAGACAUGGCGCUUGUUCUGGGUGUUGGAGCUGGAUUCUUCACGUUAGCUCUAUUGUGGUCCUUUAGUUUGCUGAUCUGUAUUUUGUUCGCAAAAGCACAAGGUGGACUUCAAUAUGCUGGACUCGGUGCCAUCCUGUUAUCGGGGUUAGUGACGGUUAUCUUGGUGGUUUUACCGAGGGAGCCAAAAGUAUCCACAGAAGAACAAAUAGCUGUCGUAUAUGACUAUACAAUAAUAUAUAGAUAUCUGUUAAUGUCUGGGUGUCUCCUGUUUUUGUUAAUUGGACUGGGAGCCUACUUUGGUACACACAUUAUGGAACCAGUGUAUGCAAAGUCAUUACGCAGGCUGCGAUGAAGCCAAAAAAACAGUUUGCAUUAUGUUGGAUUUUAGAGUGACAUUUGUUGAAAGCAACUAAAAUUUUCUAGUGGAGUAGUGCUGGAAUAAGCAAACAUGCCGCUGUGCAGAAGCUACCUGAUACUAUUGAUGUUGGCAAAUUGUGGACACUUAUAACACCAACAGGGGCCGAGUCUGGUCAGCCUAUUUACGUAGAAGCUGUCUAUUCAUCUGCCAUAAAUUAGAAUGCAGAACAUUCUUGUAUUAACAUGAUUAAGUCAAUGACUGUGAUUAAAAGUGUACAGUCAAGUGAGGAAUAUGUAUUAAAUGGUGAGAGAAGUUAAAUUCUCAUUUGUACCAUGUGCACAUUAUUUUUUGAGAAUUAAUAAAUAUAACUUUGAAAGAUGAAA